AUGCAGUCGGAGGGGAGGAAGCAAGCUUUGAAGAGCGGGGGAUGGAUGAGGAGGAAAAAGAUGGGGACCCGUCGCAAUAGGCGAGACUCGGCGGGUAAAUGUGCAUAUAAAUCCGUAAACACCACUCCGAGAUGUAUAAACGAUUGUCAUACCCUAAUCCCUUCAACCUGUAGAAACCAACCAAAGUCUAAUGUGUAUAUCAAGGGUGUCAAACUAACAGCUUUGUGGGACACUGGAGCAACCUGUUCAUACAUUAGUCCCAAGGCGGCCAAGAGAAUUAAGAAGGAGAAGAGGAAAUACCCCGCCUUUUUGUCACAGUGGUUAACAACACUGUCACAUUGGGCACUGUUAUAUCGAGCCAAUGCUGGGUCCUGGGUUCGACUCCCGGACGGCGCCGGGGGUAAUUCAGCCCCUACUUGGAAAACCUCCCUCUCGGAGUAA